AUCAACUUCAUCCUGAGGUCCUCACACUUGCACAGAAGACUCUGGAAUUCUCCAUUCAGUGGGAAAGCCUGACCUCCAUUAUUUCCUAGAGAUGUCGCCUCCCUGGGGGACUGGCUGCCUCCGGAUUGUGGGGAUGGAAUAUGGGCCUGUCACUGCUGGGGCCCUGGUCACCAUUCAGCCCAGGGCAGCAGCGAUCAAGAGUCUUCCCCACCUGAGGGCUGUUUGGAGACCUGUGUGGAAUGAGCUGGGGAUGGGAGAGUUGGUGUCUCAGUCUAGUUCCUAGAGGGCAGAUUUCUACAGCACUUCACCUGGGAACUUCCUGACCCUCAGACCAUGGAGGCCAAGGAGUGAAUUGGCCAUGGAGACUCAAUUCCUCCUGUAUCCCCAGAGCUGAUCUCUUCAGGCCAGUGUUGAAGUAUAUUAAUGGUCCUUUGAGGGGAACAUUUCAUGGCCAUAGGUUGUGUUGCACCUGUUCUGAGGCUGGGAGAAGUCAAGGAAUUCUAACUCCAGGCCCAUUACAGCAGCGACUCACUAGCCAGAAUUUAUAACGAGUCACUAAAUGGCAUAUAAUCACAUGAAAUUGUUUCUCUCCAGGUGUGAGAAGGGGAAGUUCCAGCAGCCAGAGGAGAUUUAUCCUGAAUUGGAAAAGCGAGUCAGUGAUUUCUUCCAGAAAACUACUGGGCUAUCGGAGACUCUGGAGAAGUUCAAAGACACUCUGCUGUCUGAAUUGAAGAGAAAAAUCAUUUUUCUUUCAAUUGGAGAGGGGGAAUCAUUUAGAGCACACAGACAAGCGAAUGUGACUCUGGAUCCAGACACGGCUCAUCCCCAACUCAUCCUAUCUGAGGAUCAGAAAAGUGUGAUACCGGGAGCCACACGGCAGGAUCUGCCCAAGAACCCUGAGAGAUUUGACACUGAGCCCUGUGUUCUGGGCUGUGAGGGAUUCACCUCGGGGAGACAUUGCUGGGAGGUGGAGAUCGGGGGUUUGGGAGGCUGGGCUGUGGGGGUGGCCAGAGAGUUUGUGGGGAGGAAGGGAGAGAUCAGCCGUAGCCCAGAGGGGGGGAUCUGGGCUGUGGAGCGGAACUGGAGUCAGUUCCGGGCUCUCACCUCCCCUGCGACGCCCCUGCCCCUGAGCCGGGCCCCCAGCAGGAUCCGGGUUUGUCUGGACUGUGACCGGGGGCAGGUGACAUUUAUCGAUGCUGGUGACGAGGCCCCGAUCUUCACUUUCCCGCCGGGCUCCGUCCCUGGGGAGAGAAUCCGACCCUGGCUCCGGGUGUGGUGGGAAUCCCGGCUCAGCCUGUGUCCCUGAGACACACAGCAGAGGGGAACCGGAAAUCAGCCUCUCUAGCCUCAUGGACCCCAGUCUCUAUGAUCUUGGAGGACUCUUAUCUACCCAGCCCCUGGCUCCUCAUUGCUAUGGUCCCUGGAAGCUCC